GCAGGAGAUGCAGCUGCAGCAGUGCAUGUUCUCGGUUCAGGUCACGUGCUCCUGUGUUGACUGAGGAGAAAUCAAAGCAGAGCUCUGCAGCACGGAGGCUAACGGUCCGUAGCUGGAGGUUCAACUCAGAAAACCGUCGAAAUCCGAGUAUGAGCUAAACGAGGGAGAGGCGGUGACGCUCACAGGGUGAUCAGGUGUGUUGUAUCUGCAGCAGGAUGCCCAUUCCUCCCCCUCCUCCUCCUCCACCUGGGGGACCCCCACCUCCCCCCACCUUCAGCCAGGCCAACACCAGCCCCCCGAAGCUCAGCAGGGACGAGGCCAAAGGUCGCGGUGCUCUGCUGUCCGACAUCUGUAAAGGCACCAAGCUGAGGAAGGUGGCGGUGGUGAACGACCGCAGCGCUCCGCUGCUCGACAAGCCCAAAGGAGGCGGAGCCGCAACAGCAGGAGCCAAUGGGAGCGGAGCAUCCAGCCCGUCAGGUUCUGCUCCACCAAUCGGAGGCCUGUUCACAGGCGGAGUUCCCAAACUGAGGCCAGUCGGAGACGGCUCCUCUGGACGUUCUCCCUCCACCCGUGGCGCUGCUCCUCGCCCCCCCAGCCAUCGCCAUGACGAUGCAGAGAGCCCCUCCCCUCAGGCGUCGUCACCGAUGGAGACAAGUCGCUCCCAGCGCCCCUCCCUCCCCAACCUGUCCCCCUCCUCCCCCUCAUCUGCAGGCUCCUCACCCUCCACCGGCAUGAAGCACUCCUCCUCUGCACCCCCUCCACCUCCCCCCCUCUGUCGCCGUGGUAACGCCCCCUCCCCUCCCUCCUCCUCCUCCUACAACAGAGAGAAACCCCUUCCUCCGACUCCCAACAACACCCCUCCCCUCCCCUCCAAACCUCCUCCGUCUCCUGGCAACAGCAGGCGCCCACCCACUUCAGGGGGAAACCCCCCCUCCACCCCUUCCUCCUCCUCUCUGGCCCCACCCCCUCCACCUUAUCGCAUCACUAACGGUCCAACUGUCGGCGGCGAGGCGGCGCCCGAUCUGCCGCAGCGCCACAACUCACUCAGCAAUAAGAGGACCGCCCCCUCACCUGGAGGCCACACCCCCACCAGAGGCCCUGCUCCUCCACCCCCACCUGCGUCACCCACCCCCUCCCAGCAGGGCGCCAACAGGCCGCCGCCGCCUAUCAGAGAGCCGCCAGGUCGAGGAGCAGCUCCUCCUGUUCCGGUCCAGUCGUCGUCGAGGGCGGGCGGCAGAGAAGCUCCGCCUCCCCCCUACAGGACACAUGGUAGCCCCUCUCUCUCCUCUGACCCCCCCACCAGAGGAAAGCCCCCUCCCCCUCCCACCCGCACCCCCGCCGCUCCUCCCCCGCCUCCCCCUCCCCUCCGCAACGGACAUUCCUCUUCCUCCUCCAUCCCUCGCUCCUUCGUUGAUGAUUUUGAGUCCAAGUAUUCGUUUCAUCCUCUGGACGACUUCCCUCCUCCAGACGAGUACAGACAUUUCACCAAGAUCUACCCCAGCAAGGCCAACAGAGUUUCAGUGAUGAGAGGAGCUCCUCCACUGCCACCUGUCGGCAGGUGAACCAGGAAGAACAGUACACAUCUGGAACACACACACACACACGUACACACGCACACGCACGCACACGCCAUCCAGUCAUCCUCGCCUUCUCCAUUGUCACCUCAUCUGCGCUCACAGCUGACUGGCUGAAGAGAGGGCCAGACCAACCAAUCAGAGAGAGACGGGUGAUUUUAAGGACCAGGGAGCAGGAAGUGACUUGUGAGACGAAACAGGAAGUGAAGAUCCUCGUCUGUCGCCUGCUGUUACACUGUUUUGUUUGCACCUGCACUUUUUUGUUUUUACACGUGAAGCCGCUGCAGAGGAAGAACACGUAUGUUCAGGAUGAACACUUGAAGAGUUUUGUUCUGCUCCGAGAAAACCAGUUUGAACCGAACGUCACUGAAUCUGAACAUUUAAAGCAGCAGUUCAACGUUUGGAGACACAUGGAGCUAAAAUCGAUUACUAGAUGUAAAUCAGCUGUUCUGAUUGAAGUUGUUUCACAUCCAGACCUGACAGAAGAAAUUAUGGCUUCAUCAAUUAGUACAACAGAAAGUUAAAUUUGCUUCACAGGAUGUGGAACAGCUUCUGAAAUGAUCAGAACUCAGAGGUCCUCAUAAACCACAGUGACCCAGAACUGAACCUGCACCUGGACCUGAGUCUGGAUCUUAGGGGUCCAUAAACUGAAGUUCUCGUUGUGCCGUGUUUAAGUUUGGGACGAAAACACUGUAAAUACUCACCUGCUUCUUCAUCAACGUUACUAAACACACCUGUCCUGGUGAUGUCAUCAGUGUGACCUCCAGCAGACAGACGUCAGGUUCUGAGCAGGUCGGGUCUUAAUGUGCCAACACGGACUGAAGUGAGCCCCAAAAACUCACCUGAGGUCACCUGACUCCUCCUCCUUCAGCGGAUCGUACCACGCUGGUGAACUAUAGGAGGGUGAUGGGGCAAACCAUCAAACUGAAAGUCUUCCUACAGCAAACAAACUGAACUUAGUGUCGACUUUAUUUCUGCAUUUUGUGUGUGUGUGUGUGUGUGUGUGUGUGUGUGUGUGUGUGUGUGUGUGUGUGUGUGUGUGUGUGUGUGUGUGUGUGUGUGUGUGUGUGUGUGUGUGUUCUCUACAUGCAGUGUUAAAUAAUUUCCCAUGAUUCUCGGCUGUUUAAGCAGAAAAGCAGCAGCAGAAACGCUUUGAUUCCAUCAGAAAAUCAUCAAAGUCAUCAGUAAUUUAAAACAUUAAAAAGUCUUUUUCAUUCUCAGGCUUUCAGAAGAAGAAGUUUAAUUUAUUGAGAAUAAAAUCUUGAUGUUGAGAGUUAAAAGUCAAAUUUCUUAAAACUGUUGUUAAUUUACGGUGAAAAUUUAAAAAAAGUUUGUGUGAUUUUAUCAGCAUAAAUUUAAAUAAUAAGAUAAUUAAAUUCUACAGUAAAACCCCAUAAAGUCACAUUAAAGCCACAAAAGAAUCGUUUUAAAAUGUUUAUUAGUCAUAGAAUUUAUUUAACAAUAUCACAGAAUUCAAAUGUCAAGUAAAAAGUGUCUGUCAUGAGUAAAACAAUAAUACAAGAAAAAUAUUUUUAUUCGUAAAAAGUUCUAAUUCUAAUUUUACUAAUUAAAAAGUCACAAUAUUAAGAGUAAAAAGAUUAAAUUGUGAUACAAAUGUUAAGACAAAAGUUGUAAAAUAAAUUCAGAAUGUUCUGUUUUUCUCCUAAAAGUAAACCAAUAUUACAAUAAUGUGAUUUUUUUUUUGUUAAAUUUAAGACUUUUAUUGUGACAUUUGCUUUUUUGGCAAAUUUUUGUAACUUUAUUUUUACGAUAGUGUUUCUCAUCAGACAUUUAAACACUUAAAUGAAGACAUUUCUGUGUAAUAUUACAUUUUUGUAAUUCACUUCCCUCAAAGUUAAGUUUAUCUGAAGUUAUUUUAGUUUUUUCUUUUAAUGUUGAGACUUUUUCAUUUAAAUGAAGAUUUUUGCCACAUUUAAUUUUGUCAAUUUUAGACUUUCCUCAUCAUUAUUUUCAUCAUAAUGUGACUUUUUUGGGGUUGAAUUUAGACUUUAAUAAUAUUUCGUACUUUUUGUGUUGAAAUUCAGACAUUGUUUAUCUCACAGUGACUUUUCCCUCAACAUUAACUUUCUGAAAUAAUUUGAGCUUAUUUCUCUAUUUUGACUAUUUCCUUGAAAUUAAUACGACCAAACAUCCAAGUGUUUUAAAUUAAGACUUUUUAGUCAUUAAUAAUCUUUAUUCUCAGUGAGUUUUGUCAAAUUAAAGCUUAGGUAACAUUUACUUUUUUGUAAAAAUAUCAUCACUUUAUUCUCACGAUGUGAAUUUUUUUGUAACAUUUAGUUUUUUAAAAUUAAUGUUAAUGUCUGUCGCUAAUCAUUUCAGUUCUGUUCUCACUUUCUUGUUGCCUUCUUUAUUGACAUGAGGACAGUUCUCUGUAAAUUUGACUCUUUUUUUCCAGAUUAUUUUGACUUUUCCAUCUCAUCUGUUCGUCUUUAUUUGUCUCUCAGCUGAUAAAACGAGCGUUUCCUCUCAGUGCUGCUUCUUCUUCUUCUCUGCAUGUACGACUGAACUCAUGAUUUUUCAGACAUUUACAUCGUGAUCCAGCACUUUUCUCCUGUUUUACUGACAAAAAUGAUUCCAGGUUUGAAGAAAAAAAUGUCUGUUUGAGGAUUUCUGUCAGUUUCCUGCUCAGCUGAAACAGACUGAUGUGGUUUAUUCUCUGAUGCGGAUCUUCUUCUUUUUCUUCUGCUCUUGACUUGUUUUUCUUCUUCUGUGGAUCUGUAGCUUCAGUUGCAGUUACAGAUGCAUCGUGUCUGAAGUGCAGCUUCCUCCUUGUUUAUUUCUGGAUUUCCCUCCAACUUUAAAAUCUGUUUUAUUUGAUGUUAUGAAGCUUCUGCACAGAUAACAGGAACGUUUUGUCUUUUUGCCGCCAGACUUCAUUUAAAAAUGUUCUAAUUUUGCAUUGUGUCGCAGAGGAGCAUCCAUACUUAAAAACCAGCCAUGGCUCUUGUUGCACCCAUGCAGGUGAUGCAUCUUCACCUGCAGCGUUGAACGCCCUCUCCCCCAACGCCUCGUCUGUUUGCCUUACAAACUGUUUGCUGUAAAUCUGUCAGUUAGAAUCUGUACAAAGCUACUAAAACACUGGGAAACGUGUUACUGGCUGUUUAAGGUGACAAGUGUGCUGCAGUGACUGCAAUGAUGAAUGCGUCCUGCAGCUUCCCUGCAGCUGUGACUGAUGCUGAGGUUCAGUCCCAGUCUAACAGCAUGCUCUGAAAUAAACUCAUCAGUUACUGUC